AUGGAAGAUAAAUCCACAAAGGAUAGUGUUGAGCAAAGUGAGAAUGAGCAAGUCAAGGAGCAAAGCAAGAUUCCUAGUUUCCAACCUAAGCUACCUUAUCUAGCUAAGGUAAAGAAAGAUCAACAAGAUAAGCAAUUUAAGAAAUUCCAAGAAAUAUUCAAGACCCUACACAUCAAUGUACCAUUUAUUGAGGCUCUUGCUCAAAUGCCUCACUAUGCUAUGUUCCUCAAAGAAUGGUUGAUGAACAAGAGGAAGAUAAAAGAGCUAUCCAUUGUUACUUUGAGCGAGGAAUAUUCCACCAUCAUCUCAAAUAGGAUCCCCAAGAAGGAGAAAGAUCUGGGAGAAUUUAUCAUCCCAAGUACUAUUGAGGGAAUGCUUGAUGAGAAAGCAUUUGCCGAUCUUGGAGAAAGUAUCAACUUGAUGACUUAUAAAAUUUUUCAAAAGUUGGGGCUUGGUGAGCUUAAGCCGACAAGGAUGACUCUUCAACUUGCCAAUUGUUAUGUUCAUCAUCCUAUGGGUGUUGUUGAAGAUGUGCUAGUGAAGAUGGACUGA